AUUUCCUUUUCGCUCUUUGUUUGAUUAUUUGAUUCUUCGUGACUUGUUUCCUCCAGAUUUUUCAGGAUGCCUCUUAGUCGAGUGGAAGAUGCAUGCGCUGCUAUGGCUUUUACCCGAUCAAAGCUUCGUAGGGAUGAAGUCUUAGAUAUCUAUUUUAAGUAUAGCUUUCCUUUUGAUUAUAGGGUAAUAUUACCCGGUGCCGAUAUGGCUGCGUCCGAUUCUCCAGGAUCUUCUUGUAGGGCGGUUCUCUUCGAAGAGCAAUUUUCUGCUGGUCUUAGGUUUCCUUUAGAUUCAUUUUUAGUAGAAGUGUGUAGGGAUUUAAAGGUUGCUCUGGGGCAACUUUACCCUGGUACGAUUAAAGUAGUGCUCGCCUUUUCGGAGGCAUGUAGGCUCCGGGGCUGUGCCCCUUCUCUCAAAGUGUUAUAUCAUUUUGUAGACUUUAGGAAGUGUGAUGGUUGCUUCGUUUUCGCCCUUGGCAGGGAAGGGCGAUCUCGUAUUUAUCUUCCUUGCCUAACCAGUCGCUGGCGAAGGCGUUUCUUUAUUGUUUAUCAUAAAUUUGCUUUUCUUCAUUUUUCGGAUGGUUUUUCUUCUCAUCAAGUUCGGAGCUGUCCGUCUCCUUUAAGUUUAUCCGAGUCAAAACUUGCUUUUGACAUAUCUUCCUGUAGUAUUGUAUCGCGUCCCAUUCUAGAUGUCUUGGUCAAUAGUCAUCUUCGGAGUCGAUGGUUUCCUUUGGAGGAUCCUCCUCGAGGCUUGGCGGAUCUUUGCUACUCUUUCGUUCAAGGUAUAUUAAUUUGCUUAAGUUCUUUUUAAUGUUUCUUUUGUAGGAUGUCUUCUUCUUCUGACGAUUUCCUUUCCGGAUUUCAAGUAGAUUUGGACGUUCCGAUGGGUGGUCCUGACGUUCCUAUCGCCAACAUUGUUCCUGGCGACAUUGUCGUGGAUGGGGCUCCUGUUGAUAUCCCCCUAGCUCCCGCCGAGAUAGCGUUGCCUGAGGUUAUUGUUGUAAAUGAUG